AGCUAAGCUCUCCAUAGAGAAGAACCAUGAUCGGAUUCGAAGACAUAUACAAGGUGAUCGCGGCCAUGGUGCCUCUCUACGUCGCGCUGAUGCUUGGGUACGGCUCCGUGAGGUGGUGGCGCAUGUUCACCUCCGAGCAGUGCGACGGCAUCAACCGCAUGGUCUGCUACUUCAUCCUCCCUCUCUUCGGCUUCGAGUUCACGGCCGCGCACGCCAAUCUCUUCGAGAUGAAUUACUCCGUCAUGGCAGCGGACGCCAUCUCGAAGCUCCUCGCCGUCCUGAUCCUUGCCUUGUGCGCCAGAUGCUGCAGCAAAAUGGACUAUAGCUGGUGCAUCACCACCUUUUCCUUGCUCACCUUGACGAAUGUCCUGAUCGUCGGGGUGCCAUUACUGAGAGCGAUGUACGGUCAGGUGGGUGUGGAUAUCGUGGUUCAGUUAUCGGUCAUCCAGGCCGUUCUGUGGUUUCCGCUUCUGUUGUGUUUCCUUGAGUUUCGGAAGAUGGGGAUGGACUAUUCUCCGACGACGACGAGCGCGACUACUGAUGAUUUGGUGCCGGGCGAGAAAGACGUCGAGGGAACAGCCGAGGCUGUGAGGACCAACAGCACAAGACCGAGACUGUGGACCGCCGUGAAAAUUGUGGCUCCGAAACUGGCCCUGAAUCCUAACAUCUACGCUUGCAUCAUCGGCGUCGCUUGGGCAGUAAUAGCACACAGGUUCAAAGUGAAAAUGCCAGGCAUCGUCAAAGAAUCCAUAGAGAUCCUAUCGAGAGCUGGGUUAGGAACUGCUAUGUUCAACAUUGGUAUAUUCAUGGCAAUGCAGAGGAAGGUGAUAGCUUGUGGCGUGAAAUUGACAUUUGUGGGAAUGAUCUUGAGGUUCAUUGCUGGACCAGCUCUAAUGACCGUGAGUUCCUUUAUCAUGGGACUGCGUGGCGAUGUCCUCAGAAUGGCUAUCAUGCAGGCGGCACUGCCACAGUCGAUUACGACCUUCAUCUUCGCGAAAGAGUACGGAUUACAUGCGAGCGUUCUCAGCACCGCGGUGGUGUUCGGCACAUUGGCAUCUCUACCAGUGCUGAUAGCCUAUUAUACUGCUUUAGAGGUUAUGUAAAAGCUGACCCACGUCCUAGGAUUAGGGAAGAAACAUUUUGAGAGAGGAAAUGGAGGAUCAAUGCAAGCGUGGAUGAGAAAACCUGUGGUGAUUAGCUUGUGGAUUGUGUAACGUCGCGAAUUCCUUAGUUGUGAAUUUUAGACCCAAAAAGUUCCCGAGUUCAUAUACAGAAAUCGCACUAGGACAAGAAAUUUCAGGGAGAGUUCAAUUCCAAACUUAAUCAAAAUAAAAUGCGGGUGACGGCCGCACUCGCAACGCAUCAAUUUCAGAAAAUGGAACGUACUCUUUCGAUGCCUUGAUCCGGAAGAAGGCGAGAUCCAAUCUGAGUCCAUCACUACAUUCACGCUCGCUCGCUCGCUGAAUGAAGCAACCUGACAGACUGAACGCAACUCAAAAUCUUCUCUCCGACCUUGGAAAAGUCCAUCCCACCUCCUUGCAACAACAACAAGAAGGAACGAAUAAGAAAAUCCUAGAGCUCUCGAACCCACCCUCGCUCAAAUUGCCAUUGAACAGAAAAGGAUCGGCCAGGACGGUGCCAAAGGGAACAAAUUCAGCACGGA